AUGUCUCCUCCAAGCCCCUACAGGCCGCGUGAUAGCUUUUCCGUAUCAAAUCGUCCCGUAACACCAACAAAACCAUUUAUCCAGGCACCACGGCAAGAGGAUGAUGAUAAUUCUCCGGCCGCGUUUUUAUACAAAUGGAUCAAGAAUGAGAGCCCGAGACUCAGCCGCCCUUUGUCCAGCUACAGUGGCACCAGGACCGAAAAAUUUUACCAGGAGAACGAACAUAACAAAUCGGAAGCCAAACUACCUCUAGAACAAGCUUUGAUGCAUAAAGAGUUCCACAUCGAGGCGUUGCGGGGACAAAUACGGAAGCUGAUUAGCGACCACACCACAGAGUGCUCUGGAUUGAACGACAAGAUCAAUGGACUUCAGGGACAAUUGUCUUCUUUUCGAAUUAAAUUGCAGAAUGACCUGGACGCUGCCAAUGAAGCUAAGGCUAAACUAGAAGAAGAAAUAAAAGAGAUGAGACGGGCUUUUGUGGAAAAAUCCGAAGCCCUUGAAAAUCAUCAGAAGCAGCGAGACGAAGAGACCAAGGAGCUUCGCCGAGCACUUUCCGAAAAGUCCAAGGCUCUAGAAUUCUUCAAACGGGAGCGGGACGAAGAAGUCAAAGACUUGCAGCAAAAAUUGGCGGAAAAGUCUGAAGCUCUAGAGUGUCAUAAGAAAGAGAGAGAGGAAGAGGUGAAGGAAGUACGACGAACUCUCAUAGAAAGGUCUGGAGCUCUGGAAUGCGACAAGCAGCGGCUGGAGGAGGAAGCCGAACAGGUACGGCACACCUUUGCAGUAGAAGCUGAAGCGCAAAAAUGUCAUAUUCAAGAGCUUGAAGAAGAAGUCACACGGCUACGGCAAUCUCUCACGGAAAAGUCUGAAGCCCUUGAAGUUCGUGAGCGGGAGCGGGAGGUGGAGAUUAAGGUGUUACAGAAAACUCUUGCAGAUAAAUCCGAAGCUCUACAACUCCACAACCAACAACUUGCAGAGGAAAUUAAGAAGUUGCAAAAAGCCCUCACGGAAACAUCCGAAGCUCUGGAUUCCCGCGAACAGGAACCAAAGAACGAGUUAAAAGAGCUUGAGAAGGCAAAAGAGCAAGCUCUUGCGGCACAGAAAUCGGAACUGGAGAAGCAUUUCCAAGACAUCAAGAUAGAAAAUGAUCGAGUGGCCAAUGAACGGCUGGGGGAACGAGAGAAAGAGCUGAUUGCUCAACUUAACAAGAAGCAUAAUACAGAAUUGGAAGACCUUCAAGCGUCGUUUGCGGCAGAACUCCAGCACAUCCAAAAAGCACACGCUGCCGCGAUUCACGAAUUCGUUGCCAGGCUAGAAGGGAGCGAGGACAGCCAUGGCGUUGGAGUACGAGGUGGAAAAUUAAGGCGAAACCGAAACAAAGGGAAAGGAAAGGGGAAAGGCGAGAGCCGCAUUCGCAUGCUAUUAACAGAGAUUUUCCAUACGGGCAAGACCAAAACGAGCAAGCUCUCUUGUGAACAUACAAGAGAGUCCAACUCUCGUCAUGAUUCAGGCUUUCAUUCAUCUACAAAUACCUCUGGUCACUCAUGA